UUUUUACUUCAUUUUAGAGGAAAAAAUGGAGUAGGGAUGGAGAUGCCCUUAGGGAUAUCAUUUGACGGAAAAAACAGACAACCAAUUGAAGUCAUUCACUCUGUGUGAGAGCCAUUAUACAAAUACAAAGAUAAGAUUCAAAGUGCAAUAAAGGAAAAACGCACAAACGUUUCUUUUCUUGGCACCUUAAGUCUUUUAUAAAAGCAAGUUAACCAAUGACAAACAAAACAGCCAAGAAGAAGACAAAGACAUCAAAAACAAAAAUAUGAGUAACAUAAAAAAUUUUAAGCCUGUUUUAUCUUUUUUCUUCUUCAUAAGCUGUUGUUUUUGCAAACCCUCCCACCCAUCCAGAGGCAUAGCCAUCUACUGGGGCCAAAACGGCUUCGAAGGUAGUCUCUCCUCCACAUGUGCCACCGGCAGGUAUGCUUACGUCAACAUCGCCUUUCUUGUGAAAUUCGGAAAUGGUCAAACGCCGGAGCUCAACCUUGCCGGCCACUGCAACCCUGCGGCCAACACUUGCACCCAUUUUGGCGCUCAGGUCAAAACUUGUCAACUUCGUGGCAUAAAGGUCUUCUUUUUAAUAACAAGGUUGUUGUCUCUGGGCGGCGCCAUUGGAAACUAUUCAAUCAGGUCUAGGGAGGACGCAAAAAUGGUCGCUGAUUAUUUGUGGAACAACUUUUUGGGAGGGAAAUCAUCGGCACGUCCCUUAGGUGAUGCUGUUCUUGAUGGUAUCGAUUUCAAUAUCGAACUUGGCUCUCCUCAACACUGGGAUGAUCUUGUUAGGUUUCUUUCAAAUUUUAGCUACCGGGGAAGAAAAGUGUACAUAACAGGAGCUCCUCAGUGUCCAUUUCCAGACGAUCUAAUGGGAAGUGCCCUUAAAACUAGACUUUUCGACUAUGUUUGGGUCAUGUUCUACAACAAUCCACCUUGUCAAUACACUUCAGGUGAUACGCAAAGCCUUUUCCAUUCAUGGAAGACGUGGACAACUUCGGUCACUGCCCAAAAAAUCUUUCUAGGUCUCCCAGCGGCUCCUGAAGCCGCUGAAGGUGGAUACAUCCCAGCGGAUGUACUGGUUUCACAGAUUCUUCCAACUGUAAAGAAGUCACGAAAAUAUGGAGGUGUGAUGCUUUGGUCUAAAUUUUGGGAUGAUAAAAAUGGUUACAGUUCAUCUAUAGUGGCUCGUGUGUGAAAGGAAGCUGAAGUUACCUUUGUAUGCUUUCAGUUCUCUCGUGUUUGGUUUAUGAAGAAUUGUUGUGUGUGUGUGUGUGUGUGUGGGGUGCAUGUUGGUAUUUUGAUUUGCAAUGUGUGUAUCAGUAUUAAAUUACGUCAUCAUCAACCUUCAAAUAAUGAAAUAAGGAUUACUUGCUUUUUAGUAUGCACGGAUACUUACUAUAUAUUUCAUAUUAUAUUAUAUGUUUCAGCUCCACAUGGCAUAUAACAUCAUUAUUUUGAAGGUUGAAGAUGAAACAUAUUACAUAUAGCAUCAUUAUUUUGAAGGUUGAUGAUGUUCAGCUCCACAUGGCCGACUCCAGUUUUGAAAGAAAAAAAUUAAGUAAAAGAUUUGCAAAAUUUAUUUUAAGGCGUUGACGAAUUUGCUUGCAGACUUGCAGUCAAAACUAUUUUAGUUUCAGACGUUUCUCUAGUAUGUAUACAUAAAAAUUAGAUCGAAAGAAUAUACAAUUCAAGUUUUUUUUUGUAAACUGAGGCGAAUAUACAAUUCAAGUUCUGUUUUUUUAGUUUUAAAUUUAAGGGUUUAACUAGAUUUUGAUCCGCGCUACGAAAGCGCAGGUUUUUCUUUGGAUUGUAAACAAAGAUUAUAAAUUAGUAUUUUAAAAUUGUUAUGCAUUAUUAUGUUACAAAAAUUAUAUUAUAUCGAAGAAGAAAUUUAUUUAAAAUUAUCUAAUUUAUGAAUUAGUUUAUUUAUGAUUUUAUAUAUAUAUACUCUUAUGUAAUCUCUUUAUUAGAUAUGAACAUUUUACCAGAUCGUGAAACAAAACUGAAAUCGAUCUGGAAAUAUUGGUGCUGUUUGGGUUUGGAUCUAGGACAAAGUACAUAUUCAAUUUUUUUUUAGACCCGCAAGUUUUCUUUGAGUCAAUAUCCUAACCGAGACCCUACCUAAUACCCAAGUACCUGAGGUUUUUUGUGUAUAUUAGGUAUAUUCGAGUAUUAUAGAUAUGUUUUUGGUAUUGCAAAUACUUUUAAAGUUUUGCGUUCAGGUUUUCGAUUUUAGUUUCAGGUUUUUAGUAAAAUUGUAAUAAAAAUAUAUAGGGUAUUCAGAAUUUGUUUUGGGUAUUUUUGGUGCACUGGGUCAGAUUUCAGGUAAAAUUUUGGAUCUUUUCGGUAUUUCAAUAUUUUGGGUACUUGUUCUGGUUUUUGGGUAUGUGUUUUAGUAUUGUUUUUUUGGUUUUCAGGUACUUCGAGUAUUUUUUUGUUCCUCGAUACCCAAACUAAUUCGGACCUGUUACGUACCUAAAAGUUAUAGGUAUUUUACAGGUAUUUGAAUUAUAGAUUCGAACCGAUCAUGAUCUGAAAAGAACCAAUCCAAACCUAAACCAAAAAGUUAAAUAAUAAAUUUUGUGAUAAAUACUUUGUAUAAAAAAUAAUUUAAAGUAAAAUAUAUAAUUUUUAACAGAUGGUUUACUUUAUUAAAAUUUGAUUUUGUUUGUUUGGAAAUAUAUAAUGUAUGAUGACAUGGUAUAGUAUUAUGUAUGAUAUAUGUCAAUUUUUAAAUGAGUUAUGAAAUCUGUUAAAGUUGAUAAAGUUAUUGAAUUUAAAUAACAUAUAUGCGGUAUAUUAUUUUUUGUUUAAAAUAUUUUGUAACAAUGUUCCUAUAUCUUGGUUUUUAAAAUAGGAUAAAAGUAUAAGAAUAUUUAAUAUUUGAUUUGUUUCAAAUUUAAAUACUUUUGAAGUAAGAUAUAUUCUUAGUAAAUAUAUGAAUUAGCUUUUUUCAUAAUUUAAAACAGAAGACUCAGAAGUAUAGAAAGGAUGGCGUGUAUUGUUACAUAGUUGGUGGAUCAAACGAUUUAUAUAAUUUAUUUAUAUUGGGUGAAAUGAGUCAUUUAUUAAUUAUGAGACUAAUGAGACAUGUUUAGAGAAUAAUAUAAUAAAGUAUAUGUAGUACAUUAUUUUUGUGUAGCAAAUGGUACAGUCAUCUAAUAUAGGAAAUUAUAUGUCGUAUAACUUUGUUCUUGUACAAAAUAAUGUGGUCUAAUAAAUAAAUGUAUUAUUAAAUGUUUGUUAGAGAAAUUUUUAGUUACUUAUUGUUAAUUAAAUAUUAUGUUAAGUCCAAAAAUAUUGUUAGUUAAGGAAAUGGUCCAAACAACCUUUUUAGGUAGAUAUAUUAAAACUCUUUCCCUUUUAAUAGUAUUGAUAUGCAUUGCACUAGUCGGUUUAUUCAGUUUCCAUCAUAUAUAAAAUGGUUUAUUUUUUGCUGAUUUAUGCGACACUGGAUAAUCUUCACUUUCACGAACACAUUGUCACAAAUUAUACAAAAAUUAUUAUAAAACAUUAAUUAUUAUUAAAUUAUGGAUACACCCAUUUUCCAUUCCUAUUUAAAUUUUCAUAAUUAAUAUAGUGUCAAUUAUUUAAAAGGCACAAAACAGGUUGCCGCCAAAUCUAAAAAUCCAACAUUGUCAAUUAUUUAAAACCGACCAUUUAAAACAAUGAGCUUUGUCAAAAUUUAGGUCACCCGUAAAGACACGUGCCACAAUCACCUUCG